CAACCGUUCUAGUCAGAUUAAGGUGUAAAACACAAUAUGAUCGAUGUAUGAACACAGUGUCACUCAACGAGCAAAAGGGUACUACAAGACAAGCUUUAGCAAGAUUUCAGACUUCAAAUAAUGUACUUUGAUUCAGACCAAGGAUGCUUUUCAUGCAAUAAUUACACAAAAGCAAGGAUAAUCACAACAUGUACAAAAUCACUGCCCUUUUUGAAACACCGAAGAUAAACUAGUAUGGAAGCAGAAACGAUCCUGUAAUCGAAUACUUUAACUGAAAUUAGUUCAAUUAAAGUGAAAACAGUAGUCCUGAUACAUAAUAACGAUCAAAACAAUAGAAUUUACUCAACGAGGAAAAAUACCACUGUCCUUUUGAUUAGCGCGCGCGAUGGAUCAACUGAGAGACCGCUAUUGUCAGGACUAACACAGGCCAUCAAGCCUCCUGUCCUUCCCAAACUGAAACUGAAACUGAAGUCAGUCAGCCUGCUGUUCUUAUUCAUGAACGAUAAAGAUAUCGAAUUCCAAGGUCGCUGUUUAACCGUGGACGUAACAAGUAAGUAUCCUUUGAAUUUGUGUUGUUAAUGUCAAGGUCCUGGUACAGACUUGCCGUAGUUUAACACCGUCAUUUACUAGUGUUCACCGGUCUUGGGUUUCACUACAUACCAUUGUCUCUGUUCACUAAUUGUGAACUGAUGAUACGUACAUACAUAUGCGCGUCAUCCUAACUCAUAAUUGCAGGCCACAAAUAUUAGCCAAGUACCAGAAAAUGAGUUACAACUACAUAGUUUCUUGGUUGCUUAUAACAUUCACUGCUGCCGUAUCAUGUGUCCUGACUUAUGUAUUCUCUAGAUACCAACACGAUCCUUACAUGGAUGAAGUUUUCCAUGUGCGCCAAACAUUAAAAUAUAUUCAAGGAAACUGGAAGUUCUGGGAUAGCAAGAUCACCACACCUCCCGGUCUUUAUGUGGCUUAUGUGUCCGCUCACAAAGUUUUGAGUUUAUUAGGUGUACUUCCACCUGAACCUACUGCAAUGCAUUUUAGGUUUUCGAGUGUCCUGUUCAGUAUAAUUAAUCAUGUGAUUAUACUUAGGAUUGCUAAAAUCAUGAAAUGCAACUCUCCUAAUAUUCUAGCCAUCACUAUCGCAUCAGAACCAUUAUUCCUCUUUUUCUCUGCCUUCUACUACACUGACCAUUGCUCGAUAUUAUUCGUCAUGGCGUCUGUUUACUUUAUUUUAUUACAUCGCGACUGGUUAAGUGCUCUGUUUGUCUCCUAUGCUGUCUUCACACGCCAAUCUAAUAUUAUAUGGGUUCCUCUGCUUAUGUGCAUCCACACUUCCGGGAGCCUAUCACAAAAUAUGUUCGGACAUGACCGAUGUUCCUCAACCAUGUGGAUCAAAAGAUUACUGUACAUGUUCGUCACACAUCCACUUUCUGUCACACUUGUUAUGCUGAAAAGUGUCUUCCGACCGUGUUUACCUUUUGUCUUAGUUUUAUUUUCGUUUAUAUCUUUUGUUAUUAUUAAUAAAGGUAUUGUUUUGGGUGAUAGAGAAGCACAUACUGCAGUUUUGAACAUCCCUCAAUUUUUCUACUUUGCUACUUUUUGUGCACUUUCUACUCCUAUUCAGUUUGUGGGUUACAUAGUAAAUAGCAUAAAAUCAUUUAGAAACUUGCUUGUUAAUCGAAGUUGGAGGGUGUUGACUAUAUUUCUUCUGCUCACACCAACUUUUGUCCUAAUUAUAUUAAUAUCUUUGAAGUAUUGUCUUUUUAUUCAUCCCUAUUUGAUUUCUGACAAUAGGCAUUAUACCUUUUAUAUCUGGCGAAAAAUAAUAUAUAGAAAUGUCUUCACGUACUACGGUCUGUCUGUUGUUUAUCUAGUAGCGACAGCGUACUUUGUGAACACCUUGUUCUUUUCUUAUCGAAACAUACCAUUCGGUCCUUUUAUAGAACGCUUAGUUUUCUUAGUGUGCACUUUCAUUGUUGUAAUUGCUUCUGGUUUACUCGAAUUGCGAUAUUUCUUGAUCCCAUUUGUAUUAUGGCGCGUCUUCUCCUUUUCACAUACUCAUUAUAAGUACUUGCUCUGUGAAGUUUUAUGGAGUUUAUUGAUUGUGUUUAUUACAGCAUAUCUCUUUAUCUUUAAGCCGUUUGAAUGGCCAAGUGAACCUGGUGUGUAUCAGAGGUUUAUGUGGUAGCUUUUUUUAAUGCCUUUUAAAUAACAUUUUAUUCAUGUCUAAACGCGCAUUAAUGUGACUGAGAUUUAUUGAAAAUAUCGAAUGACUGUAAUGCGAGCUGUUAAAAUCGUAACUAAUUUAUGUGCAACACAUUUGUUCAUGAAAUGUAUUUUUAAACUUGGAACUUGUUCUUCAAAAUACCGUGACAGUUGUUACUAGUCAGCCGAGUUACUUCAAAUGCCUUCGGUUGAUAAUUAUACUUUUUUUCUAUGUAACAAAAUACAAUCAUCUACUGUGUUUUAGUAUUCUGGACGACACUUAAAAUAACUUACUGGAUAUAAUUCAAGCAUUGGUUAUUCUGUUUGUUUUUUUUCAAAUGGAGAAAUAAGAAAUUUUUUAUGUGAGUAGGGAUUAAGAUAUUUAAACAUAUCUCGAAGACAUUACUUUUAUGAAAUACGUAUAAGUUCAUAUGGUCUUUAGAAGUUAUUACGACGGAAAGAGUUACGAGGCUGCCGUUAGAAUGUAUUCUGAUGCAGCAUCAAUUCGUGUAGUUCUCAGCAAACUGUCAAGAUACUUAUUGAUAUCUCACUAAUAUGUUUAACUAGAAAUAAAUUCAGAUGAGUUAUAAAUCUGUAGUUUCAAAAUUUAAUUUAGGAUUUAUUUUUAUUUUAAAACUUACUGUUAUAUGACCUUUUAAUUAAGUGAACUCACAAAUUACUUACCCAAAUUUGCUAAUUCAAACUUCUAAAUAUCUCAUUAUUUUUAACGUCAAGUGCUGUAUCUGAAAAAAACAGCUUGUUCAGUACUGGUCGAUGUUUAACUAUUAUUGCGAAACAUAGUUCUACCAUAUGCUUCAUGUUAUGACAGUUGAAACUUGCACUAUCCAUGGUUAAUCACAAGUUAAAUGAAGAUCGUUCUCUGAAAGAAUUUGAUGACUGGCUAACUAGAUCAUCCAGCCUGCACACUGCAUAUCCUGGAAGAAGUUUAUUGAAAAUUUCAAACAACUUAAAAUUUGGCCAACGUGGUCUAAUUGCUUGUUGUGAAAUAAAAGCAAAACAAUGCUGUUAUUCUGUACCAUUAAAUGAUUUACGCUUGAUUCUUACACCGUUACGAUGUGCUUAUCUACUUAAUCAUUGUCCAUGUUUUGAACAUUCCAAACGUUAUCAAGCUAAUUUAAACUCUAUCGAUACUCUUAUAGCUUUUAUUUACCAUUGUAAAUACUCAACUUCGACCAAAUGCAUCUUAAGAAAGAUUUGGGCACCUUAUCUAUCUGUUCUGCCAGAAGUUUAUUUGGAUCCAUUAUCUUGUAUCUUAUUCGAUACUGACUGUUUAUUUGAGAGAAUAUUGGCAGUUAACCCUUCGCACUAUUUUCAUUCAAAUGAUGUAAAUAUUAAAUUACAACGUUUGCUAACACGACUGUUAAGAUCGUGGUAUUGCAUAAGACCAAUUUUUACUAAUAACAAUGAUUGUACAAAAGGUUUGCACUAUAAAGGUUAUAGCAUUCCGCCAAAAGAAUUUCUAUGGGCUUGGUGUACCGUGAAUUCACGUUGUGUUUCAUGUCCUUUUAAAGAAUCUUUAUCAGAGGUUCAACAUCUUUAUAAUCUACUAAUCAGUUUUGAUUUAAAAGAUUUGAGCUUUUGUAACGAUUUUGAAGUUGUUUCAAUUUUUAUGAAUGCGGAGAAUAGCCACACAGUUGCUUUGAUACCAUUUUUUGAUUUUUUAAAUCAUGGUCAGAAUGUACCAACCGCUCUAUCACUGUCUAAAACAGAAUUAUCAUUGGAAUUAUAUUUGGAACGUUCAGUAUCUGCAGGUGAACAGGUUUUAAUCAAUUACGGAGCACAUGAUAAUUUAACUCUAUUCACAGAAUAUGGUUUCAUUCUUCCAUUCGAUGAGAAAAGCACCAAUGAAGUGAUUUACUUAAGUUACUGUUUCAUCAUGGAUUUAUUUCAUAAUUUAGUCGAUUCAUUCAUGACAUUGACUAGUAGUAUUAGUAAUAGUAGUAGUAAUUCUGUUAGUAUAUCUAAUCCAAUCGAAUUGUUUACUGAUAAUCAAACUAUCGAGAAUAAAUUCAAGAUAUUACCACAAGUCUACUAUUCAUUACGUCUUUAUUUUCAUCGAAUUCUUGAAAAGUUAGAUCUAUCGCUACCACAUAAUUCCACUGAUAACGAUGACGGUAAUGGCAAUGAUGAUGAUGAUGAUAUUACAUGGAGUUCAGUUUAUUUAUCACUUGAUAGUAAUAAUAAUUUUGGUCCAUCCUAUCACCUAAAUUUAAUAUUAUUUUUAAUGUAUACAUUUAUGAGUAAUAUACAUAACAAUGAUAAUCAACAACAGUGUUAUCAAUCUCUUGAUAAUUUGUAUAAUAUUUCAGAAGACACUAUUUACUCAACUAUUCAAACAUUAUCAAAUCGAAUUUAUACGAUCCUUUUAGAACAGCUGAAACAUGAUCGGGAAAAAAUUGUUCAUUUAAUGAAUAAUCCCGCCUGUCAGCACUAUUCGUCAACAUUGAUGUCAUCUACUUUAGCGACAUCUAUUUGUUUAGUAAAUAAAUUUUGUAAAGAUUUUUUAUAUUAUUUUGAUCAACGUGAAUGUUUUAUUAAAAGUUUAAUGGGUAGUUAAUAUUGCUAUAUUAUUGUAUGUAUGCAUGUGUGUAUGUAUUGUAGGGAACAUAAUUGCCCUUUUCAUGUGUAUGUUUAUUUUAAAAGGUCUCAACUGACUUGCAUAUCUUGUUAUAUAUUGUCCUUGUUCACUUAUUUGUGUUAUUUUUGUUGAUUGAGUUCCACUUCUCUCGUCUAUUUUUUAAAAUACAGAUUACCUCUAUGUGUUUGUACCUAGUUGUACCGGGACAGACGUAUUCACUCCUUGCCUUCCUCUAGAACCUGAGUCUCGAAAUCUUAAACCUUUUUUUCUUUGUAUAUACCUAAUAUCUUCUAUUAAUAUGGGAUUUGUCUUAGAAUAAUUUUAUCUCGCUCUACUAAUAUGGUAUGUAUGACGACCUGAACAUGUGUCAGAUUCUACGUUGCAUAUAACCGACUGAAUAUUGUACCGGUGUCUAUGUGUAUUUUCACUUUUACAACUGAUCUAUUGACAGUUUCCAAUAAAAUAAUGAAACAGAAUAACUUAUUUUUCUACGAAACCACACCCUCCCCCACACUCCCUUAACAUAUUAAUAGCGUUAUUUGUUUGAAAAUUGGUUUAAAAUUAACAUAUGUAGCGGUGACGUUUUAAUGGGGAAGACGUUCAACUUUGAACGAAUAGGCCGCAAGCUCGAGUCCUUUUUCCGUUUCCGAAUGGUUAUUACUAGCCUUCACAUACACGUAAUGCAAUCUAGUUUUCUAUGUCGUAACAAAUGUAUGUGGUAAGAAAUUUUUUGUUUGUUCCGUCUUUAAUUCAAUAAUCUCUACUUAUUCAACCGAUGAGCUAGAUAUUCUUUACCCAUCUUCAUUACUAUAAGUCAAACUAUGUUGUAAUCAUUCGCAUAUCAGCUGAAUAGGUUAUCCUAAAGAUACAACUUGUUGAGGUGUGUCAACUAGCACGAAACAUGUAUAAAAUAGAGCUACUUCCUGCCGUUUGCCUUCAAACACCAACUAACAUUUAGACAGUCUUAUUCAUUUCAUUGGUUACGUGAAACAGUAUCAUAUGAAGCUGAUGUGUAGCAACAUUUCCUUUUCAAUAUAACAGUCAGUCUCAGUUAUGAUAAGAAUGACUGAG